CUGGGUUCUUUAAUUCACAAGAAAGAUUUCCUCUUUAUCAGAGAACUAUAAAAGGAGUGGAGAAGCCUGUGAAGAAUCACAGCAGGAGCAAUCCAUUCCCCCAGGGCUCUCCUAUCUGAUUUUGUUUUGUUUUUAAAAACUUUUUUCUUUACAAGUACUUAACUAUUUAUAGACAUCUCUAUCCACUCCUCCAUCUCUUCUCCAUUGCCAAGACCAUGAAGGCUUCCAUAAUGAUUCUCCUGCACCUCUCACUCAUGGUUAUCUGUUGUCCCUCUGCCUUUGCAGCAGGAGCUGCGGUCAUUCCCUCAUCUUGUUGUGUGAACUACAUACAGAAGGCAAUCCCCUCAAACCUGGUGACCAGCUACCAAAUGACCAACCGGAGUGCUUGCUCCAUGCCUGGAGUGAUUUUUACCACCAAAGGAAGCCGGCAAGUCUGUGCUGACCCCACAAGGCAGUGGGUCAAGGAUCGCAUGAAGGCAAUAGAUGCUAAGAAGGCCAAGCUCUCCCAGGGGGCUGCACCAAAAGCCUUGAAAAAACUCCCCAAGAAGCCAUCUUUCAAGAACACCACCAUGGAUCGCAAAGAAAUUUGGCUUCAGUAUCGGGACUACUAUCGAGCUAAGUGGAAAUUGAAGGCUCACGGAAGGACCAUGAAAGCCUCCAGGAUCGUUCUGGGUGUCCUUCUGGUUGGAUUUCUCUGCUCCAAAGUCCAGGCUGCCACACAAGGCAGCAACAUUGCCAGGUACUGCUGUGAGAAAUACAGCCGCAAACACAUUGCGUGGAAACUCAUAGAGUCCUAUGAACUGACCAAGAGCAGCUGCUCCCUUUCUGCUGUCAUAUUCACCACCAAAAAAGGCCAGAAAGUCUGCGCUGAUCCUGCAGCACAAUGGACUCAGAAAUAUGUGGCUUCCCUGAAAUCCCGGCAGAGUCUUACUUAAUCUUGGCUUCCAACCCAGGACUUAAAGGGCCCAGAAGCCCAGCUUCCUGCUCAGUAACCAGCGGCCCCCCAAAGACCAGAAAUCCAUUGCCACAGACAGACCUGAAGAGUCCUUGGUUUUAUGACUGAAGAGGAGAAUGGAUUUGUCCAGCAAGGUUUUUUGUUUUUUAUUUUUGACUAUAAAGGGAGUCCUCCUUCCUAGACAAGAGUUGUAACUUAAUAUUAUUAUUAAAUGUUGUUGUCUUCAAACCUGUGUGGCCUCCGCUUUGACACCCUUGAAACAUGGCGCAUGUGGAAAGAGGGAUGAAGUCAGAUUCAGGAGCCCUGACUUUGAGUUCUGAUCCUGCUAUUUGCUAAGCCUGUGGCCUCGGGCAGAUGGCUG